UUGUUGGUACUGUGGUUGUCUUGUGUUUGUAUGUGUUUUACAGGUUCACGUGUGCUUCCCUCACAGGUGUUCCUGUUCAGUGUGAUUGCCUCCUCUCGUCUUCCUCACCUGUUGCUUGUUAUCCUCUCGUCUGGUCUGUGUAUUUAAUCCCUGUGUCUCUAGUGUGUCUUUGCAGAUCCGCUUGUCUAUAUACGCCAGUGUUUGUACUGUGAAUGUACUCAUCAGUUACUAGCUCUACUAGUCUCUUGUCCUGUUAUGUCCUUAGUUUGUCAGUUUUGCCCAGUUUGUUGUUUUGUUCGUUUGCCCCACUCAUUUGUGCUCUCAGCUGUUCUGUGAUUUUUCCUAUCACCCUUCAAGGACUUCAGAGUCUGGGUUACCAGUGCUUGAGUGGAUUCCCUUCAGCGAGAGGACUCUGAGCUUUAUUGACUGUCAUUAUUGUUAUUUUCAAUAAAUUCUGUUAAAUCUGCUUUGGGAUCCCUGUGUAUCUCUCGGCCCUGACAGAACGGAUCUGCCAGUAAUGGAUCCCGCAGAUACAGAAUCUGGCUGUUCAGCGACCGCUCAGCUCUCCACUACUGCCCAGGAGGAGGAUUCGGCUUUCACUGCCCACCGCAACCACCAUGCCCGUUUACUCUUUGGCAUGCGGCAGAGAGGAGCAGAGAUCCGGUCCUUCGCCUCCAAGUUCUUGGAGGAGGCUCGUCUUGCCGGGCUUAGUGGGAAUGAGCUUAAGGUGAUAUUUUAUGCCUGCCUCGAUGAGCCUCUCAGGUCCAGUGAGGUGGAGUUGCUCAAGCCCUUGGACUUCUUCGACAUGGUCAACUUCGUGAGGAACAGGCCUGAACCCAAGUCUAGACCCCUGUCACCUGUCCCAGAGGGCCGCGUUGUCGGGAGGAUGGUCCUGGAAAGCUCAGCACCCACCACAUCAAGCUCCAUAAGCUCCGCCCCGCCAGCCAGCCUUCGGGGUAGUCGUUUGGCGAUACGGGGAAGGGGCAUUCAGACCGGGGCGAUCAGGUUGGGGAGGUCGACUCUCAUCUCUCUAGCGCCGGAGACUACGCCCGCACCCGAUCUCUAUCCUGCAUUACCGGUCUCCGGACGGAGGAAGAAGAGGAAGAAGAACUCAUCCGCUCUUCAACUAGCUGCCACCCCUCAGUCCUCUGAGAAGCAGCAGCCUCUGUCUGCUCCGCUGCAGCCCCUGCCGUCUGCGCAGCCUCCGCUGCAGCCCCUGCCGUCUGCGCAGCCUCCGCUGCAGCCCCUGCCGUCUGCGCAGCCUCCGCUGCAGCCCCUGCCGUCUGCGCAGCCUCCGCUGCAGCCCCUGCCGUCUGCGCAGCCUCCGCUGCAGCCCCUGCCGUCUGCGCAGCCUCCGCUGCAGCCCCUGCCGUCUGCGCAGCCAACCGCAGCAGCCUUUGUCUCUGUCCCGUCUCCGCUGCCGUCCGCAGCGGCCCCUGUCACUGUCCCUGUGUUGUCUCCGCAGCCGUCCGCUGUACCUCCUGUCACUGUCCCUGCCUCGUCUCCGCUGCCGUCUGCAGCGGCUCCUGUGACUAUUCCUGUCUCGCCUCCGCAGCCGUCCGCUGCGCCCCCUGUCACAGUCUCCAUGUCGUCUUCGCUGCCGGACGCGGCGCCCCCCGUCAUUGUCCCUGCCUUGUCUCCGCUGCCGUCCGCAGCCUCCUCUGUCAAGGUCCCUGUGUCAUCUCUGCAGCCGCCCGCUGCACCCCCUGUCAUGUUUCCUGUUUCCCCUCAGCCUUUAAACCCUGACCUUGUUGUUCCUGCCUUACCCCAAGCUGUUUCCUCCCCACGGAACCCUGUUAGGCCUGCCCGGCCUCCACGCACCCAACCCUCAGCUACUCCCCGGGGUCAGAGGUCUCGUCCUGUACCCAGUCCCAUCCCUCCUCCUGUGAACGUUGUUGUUCCCCCGCCCCCCCUCCCUUGUUUGUUGUUCUUGUUGUCCCACCCGAAUCCUCUAGUUGUUCUGUCUUGUCUUCCCUUGUUAGUGUUUGUCAUGUUUUCGUGGGUGUUGUCCAGUGUCCAGUCUGUCUUGUCCUGUGUCUCUCCUUGAGGGCCGCCAGGUGGCGUCCCUUGAGGGGAGGGUCCUGUGAGGACUCUGCCAUAAUCUGGUUUAGUAUUAUAUCUAGUUGUGUAUGGCAGGGUCCUGACAGUACAAUGUUUUGUGUGGGAGAACGUGGUUUUGGUAUUGUCAUAUCAGACCACGUUUUUUCCCGUGUCUUGUGACUUUUCCCUGCUCCCUUGUAUUCUCUUGUCAUUGUGUGUUAUUUUUCCCCGCUCCCUUGCAUUUUCCAGUCUUUGUUUUUAUGUCUUGUUUAGUCUAGUGUUCUGUUUUCAUGCAUAUAUAUAUUUAUAUAUAUUUACAUAUGUUUAUAUAUAUAUAAAUAUAUUUAUGCUUUGUCUUGUUGGUACUGUGGUUGUCUUGUGUUUGUAUGUGUUUUACAGGUUCACGUGUGCUUCCCUCACAGGUGUUCCUGUUCAGUGUGAUUGCCUCCUCUCGUCUUCCUCACCUGUUGCUUGUUAUCCUCUCGUCUGGUCUGUGUAUUUAAUCCCUGUGUCUCUAGUGUGUCUUUGCAGAUCCGCUUGUCUAUA